AUGUCGGAGAGCUCCUACCCUGCGAAGCCUCCUAGAGAGGAGGAGAAUCGACCAAUGUUGAUUGACGAUUCUGAAUUCCAAAAUGUUGACACUCAUUCCGGAGUCGGAUACACCAGAGAGUUCUCUUCACAGCCCGAGCUUCGUGGAGAAGAGGACGAUGGAUGGAGCGCGUCUUUUGGUCAAAUCUUCGCCGCGCUCUUCGACGAUGAAUUUUGCAUUGAGAGAUUCUCAACCUUCAAAUCUGCCACUUCUGCUUUCCUUCUUCUCACUCUUUUCGUCCAAAACUGCACCCAGCUUCGUCUUUUGGUUCUUGCUCGAAACAGCUACGCAGCUUUGGAAAACAGUGGUCUCUGGGGCGUUUUGAUCUUUUUCAUGUCGAUUAUUAUCAUUCUUCUUGUCAUCGCCGCCGUUAUGCUCUUCUUCAUCAGUAUGCUGCCAAUUGAUGGCCAGGGUGGAACCAACAGAAAGGCCUUGGUGAGAAUGACGAUCAUGCUCGCAGCUUUAGUCAGCGUCACAUGCCUCCUCAAUGUUUUCUGCACGACCUUGAUCUUCGCUGAGUCCAAAGAAACUAUUUAUCUCCGACAAAACCCUCUCUCCGAAAUGCUUGAAGUCAACGACGACUAA